AUGUCUCAAGAACAACAAAAGCAAGGUGGACAAGGUGGCCUAGGUGGUAUCCUCGGAGGUGUCACCGAUACGGUUGGAAAUACCGUAGGUGGUGUUACUGACACGGUCGGUAAUACCGUCUCUGGUGUCGGUCAGGGUGUAGGUAAAACUGUCGGAGGUGCAACUGAAGGUCUCGGAAAUACAACAAAGGCAGUAGGUGACACCGCAAAAGGUACGACCGAUUCAAUCGGUGGGAAGAAACAAACCGCCGAGAAUCCAUUGGGAUUGUAAAAGGAUACGUACCUACCUUGGGUCGGUAGGUAUGAC